AUGAUCAUCGGCCGUUUGCACGCAAUCCCGAAUUGGGACGCUGCAAGCACUUCCAGUGCGGAGUCAGAUGACCUAUUGUCUCUGACGGACGCAGAGUGGGAGAACUUGGAAUGCAGUCAGUACAAGUUGAACCCUUUGUGGCCUGAGAAUAUCUCAGACUCCCUCCCCCCCGAACUUCAACCGUUUCUGCUGUCACGUCCAGUCCACCGUCAGCACCUACGAGACAACCGGGUCAAGCUGGCUAGGGAUGAUGAGAAAGAUCACUCCAUUAGCAAAGAAUCUUCCCUGUUUGGGGACGAGAAUGACCACAGCGAACAGUCUUCCCUGUUUGGGGACGACGAGACGAACUGCACCAUCAACGAAGAGUCUUCCCAUUUGGGGGACUCGGAUGAAACAGACCACUCCAUGAACGAAGCGUCGAUACCCGCAAGUUUGCCGCGGGAUCACACAGCAUUGCCUAAUGUCGGGUUUCAGCCUCCUGUUGGACAGCAUUAUGCUUGGCUGCCCUCUCACGUCGGGCUACAGCAUCCCAGGGUCCAGCAUGUUGCUCGGAUGCCCUCUAGUGUCAAGUUUCAGCCUCUCCCUGGGCCGCAUUACUAUUGGAUGCCGCCAAGUCAGGGGGCCAACGGCAUAAUCAUGAUGCCACCUUCGAACUUGACACAUCCCUAUGCGAUGAACACCGCGUUUCCACCAAGCGCUCAAUUCUACCCACCUGCCAAUUUUUCCACAGCCCCACCCUCGAGCAUGUCAUCAUUUAGGCAUCGUGCAUAA